GUCCAGUGUCGCUGACAGUUCAGCUUUGGAAACAUUUUUGAAAUUCAAAUUCCCAUUGAGUGUAUUUGAGAGUGUAUUCUUAGAGUGUAAUUGAUGUUGUUUUUGUUAUCUGUUAACAACGGUAUUAGCAGCGAAGGACGUGUUGUUAAUUAAUUGUUCAACGUUCCGUGUGUAUUAACAACAGACUUUCACAGCUAAAUAAUAGAAUUAAGUGCAAAAAACAACAACACUAAAGAACCAACACUAACAUAUGUAGGCUGUCAAUCUCUGAAGCGUUUGCAACAGAUUUAAUUAAGAAGCCACUCAAGUAGACGCGUGUGCAUGCUCGCAAAUAAGCAAACAUGAAAACUAACAUACAUAAAUACAUACAUUCAACGCGCAUCUCGCCUACUUAUUUGCGUACGCGGGCGUGCUUUAAGCGCACAAGUGCGUUGCAACAUUUCUUCGAAUUGUCGUGCUUUCACAACAGCCACCAAACACCCACGCUGGUGCCGGCGUCGUUGUCGUCGUUGUCGUCGUUGCCGUCGUCGUUCGUUAGCAUUACCAUAGCCACGCAUAGCGCACUAGGCUGGCUGGCCGUUGCAAAUGCACGUAGCAGCUGCAGCUUAUCUUCUAUGCAUUCGCUACUGCUGUACACUUCGCUCUUUGGCUGCAGGCAUUCGUGUGUAAACGCUUAAUUGCUUCUGGCACGCCCGCCCGCCCGGCUGGUGGUUUCUGCCUGCCCUCUGUGCCACACACUGCUGCUUGCUGCUGUUCGUGCGGCAUCGUAGCUAUUUACUUUACGCUCGAACGCUUCUGCUCGUGCGAAUUAGUGUUUCGCGCCGUCGCUAUUCAUUGUAGCCACUUUCGCCUUCCAUCAUUAUCAGCAGCAUUCUUACGGAAAUGGCUUCUCAAGUAUCUACAGCCAGUUUGCUUGUUGAGCCUGUUCGACGCUUCACCUCGCGCCGCAAAUCCGUCUUUGCCGAAGCCUAUGAUCCAGAAAAUGAUGCCGAUGAUGACGAGGCCGAACGCAAGGUCUAUCCUAAAUCAGACGAGCAGCGUGCUCGUCUAACCGAAUCGGUGAAAAAUGUAUUGUUAUUCCGUUCGCUAGAUGAUGAACAGAUGAAUCAAGUAUUGGACGCCAUGUUCGAAAAACGAGUGCAACCAGACGAAUACAUCAUACGCCAGGGUGAUGAUGGUGAUAAUUUUUAUGUUAUUGAGUCCGGAGUUUACAAAGUCAUUUGUAAUGGCGAUCAUAUUUCUACUUAUGACAAUAGUGGAAUAUUCGGUGAAUUGGCGCUGCUCUACAAUGUUCCAAGAGCCGCAUCCAUACAAGCUGUAACAGAAGGCCUACUGUGGGCUAUGGAUCGUCAAACGUUCCGUCGCAUUCUAUUGAAAUCCGCUUUUAAAAAGCGAAAAAUGUACGAAACACUUUUGGAUAGCGUACCGAUGUUGAAAGCGUUGAAGUCCUAUGAGCGCAUGAACUUGGCUGAUGCCCUAGUUUCCAAACACUUCUCUAACUCUGACAGAAUCAUCAAACAAGGUGAUGCCGCCGACGGUAUGUACUUCAUUGAGGAUGGUAAUGUUGUUGUGAAAAUGGAUCAGGACGGCAAGGAAAUUGAAAUCUCCCGACUGGGCAAAGGUCAAUAUUUUGGAGAGUUGGCUUUGGUUACACACCGACCACGUGCUGCUUCCGUUUAUGCCGAUGGAGAAGUUAAAGUUGCAUUCUUAGAUACCGACUGUUUUAAGCGUUUAUUUGGUAAAUGUACCAAUUUGUUAGAGAGUGGAAUCAGUGGUUAUCGCUAUUUGGAUGAUGAUUUGCGUAUUUACUAUGAUAAUUUAAAAAUGUUGCAGGACAUUAAAUUGUAGUUAUGAAUUUUGUUAAGUCUGUGUGUGUAUGCUAAAAGUUGAUUUUUAAUUUUUUCGGGACCAAAGGAAACAUUUUUCUCAAAGAGCUGCGCUGCUUACACACAUACAUAUGUGGAAAGUAGCCGUGUGACGUACCUCUCUUUGAAUUUGCUAUUUUAAACCAUUACAUAAUUAUUAGAAGAAAAAUUACUAAAAAUUACAAAUAUGUUUAUAAACAUAGUCCUUAAUAUACAUAAAUAUAUAUGACACAACCCACAUUUCAAGCAAUAAUUUUUUACUCAUAUCCUCAUGGUCCAGAAAGGGUUAAAUUGUGGUUUCUCUUAUUACAUAUUUCCGUAUAUACUAACAUUUUAAUUUAAAAAUUGCUUAUAAAUUUCAUUUAAUUUUUAAUCAAUGCUUAACAUUUACAAUCAAUCAAUCAUUUAUUCAAUCAAUCUGCGAUAACUGUUAACAAACGAUCAUAUCAAUUUAUAAAGAUUUGGACAACAGUGCCUUUGAGCGAAUUCUUGGCUUUCUUACGGAUAUACUGAAGCGCAAUGCCGAAAUCUAUGAAGAACAAUUAUCUAAUCUGGCACGCGAAAAUACAUUCGUUUGAAUUUUUAAAUUGAAAAUUUUCCCAUUACAUACAUAUGUAUUAAUAUGAUUUAUUGUUUUUCUCAUUGUUGAUUUGUUGACCAGAGUUUUAGUGAUAUGUUUACGAUUGCUGCGUUUUGACUCUUUAAAAAAGCAAGCAUUGCUAAAACGGUGUCGAAAUCAAUGGUUAUUUGAAUGUAUUUACAAACUUUUAAUAAAUAAAUAAAUAAUUAAAAGUAUUUUUUUAGACAUUAUUAAGUCUUCGUCGCUAAAAUUUAUGUCAUUUAAUGUCCAGACAUAUAACAAGGUUUUGCGAGAUGCCAUUUGAUUUUCCUCAAUUUGUGCAGAGUAGUAUGAAGAAAUUUUAAACUUAAAACGGAAUAAAUUGGCUUAUGCCGGAUUUCCACUGGGCAUUAAAUGUCGAAAAUUUUCGACGACAAGGUGGGCAUUAAAAAAUACUUGUGCCGUUGCAUUAGUAAAAAAGUAGUUAAGUUCGUUUCCAACGAUAUAUAAGUAUUUAAAAUGCCAUUUCAGUGCCUAGUAGAAAUUCGGUAUUCAAAAUUUUAAUAGAAAGAAUUGCCUGAACAUUCAUCAAGUUUUAAUUUAUGGAAAUUCGGUAUAAAAAGAGAGCGAAUGCUUCAAAGCGAUUCAAUUGCUGGGUUUAGUUUUCAAAAAUUGUAAGAAACGACAAUUGGAACUGCUAUUUUAAAUUUGACAAAAUUAACUUUCUGAAUCUAAAUUCAAAAAGUAGAUUUAUUUGAGGUUGAGAAGAAAAAUUCAGAGCCACGACUUCAAAAUCUUAUUUUUGCAGUGCUGAAUAAUUUUAAUUGCACAUAUUACAGUUACAAAGUAUCUUAAUUGCAAGUUCUCCGAAAAGAGAAACGAUAAUUCCAAAUAUCCGCAUUACAAUCACAGAAGUAGCAAAAAAAAAAAAUAUCUAAAAUAUCCGUAGUUUUAUUUCACUUAAUAUACCCGUAUACUUAUGCAGUGGCGGAAAUGUAAAUAGGGUCCCGACAUUUUGGCUAUUUUUCUUACUUUUAUUUAGUGUUUAUUAUUUUUUUUUUUUGUUUUGAAGUAAAGCUCGUUA